UGGAAAGUGGUACCUGACCCCGCGGAACUAAACCCCGGACGUAGCUUUCCCCUCCAUACAUCAAGUAUACCUGGGCAACCCAACACCCUCAUCCCCCUCUUUCCACUACCUCCCCCCCUAAUCCUCAAUAUAUCCCAAACCCCACAAGAAGAACAUCCCACCAGCCCCCAAAAAGACUCAACCGACCCAAAAGCGCCCCCCAAAAUGACCAACCUCCCCAAACAAAACCCUACAACAACCAGCCCCCUCCCCAACUACACCCGCCACAUAACCACCCACUCCGACCAGCAACUCGCAACCAUCCACUCCACCACCCAGGGAGCCUGGACGCCCGUCGAAGCCAACACCUUCGCCUUCAGCGUCGCCUACACCACCUCGCGCUUCCCGGCGACGCUCACCGGCGACGCCGACCUCCGCGCCCACGAGGCCCUGCUGGCGAGCAACACCCUGGGGCUGGUCAACCCCGGCGGCACCGUGUGCCGGGUGGUGGACUUCGCCCCCGGCAAGCCGCCGCUGAUGCACCGCACGCGCAGCCUGGACUACGGGAUCGUGCUGGAGGGGGAGAUCGAAAUGGUGCUGGACUCCGGGGAGACGCGGCGCCUCAAGCGGGGCGACAUUGCCGUGCAGCGGGGCACAAUGCAUGCGUGGCGGAAUCCCCAGCCGGCGGGGUGGACGAGGAUGGUCUUCGUGUUGCAGGAUUGCGAGGCGGUCGAGGUGGGCGGGGUGGUCUUGGGGGAGGAUUUGGGCGGCGCGGGGGAGAUUUUGCCUUCGGGGGGGAAGGAGGGGUGUUGA